CACCUCACAAAUGGCGAGAGCACGUGCACCAGCGUCCUCCGCCGCAAACUGCAAAGUCAUCGUCCAUUUACCUCUUCCUCUGCCUCUUUUCCCCACGCAGCACCCGCCCAUCGCCCCCUCGCCCUUCUCAAUUACUUUCCUCGGGGAGAUAAACAGCGCAAUGUCAGUUGUCUUAGCCUCGGCUGGUUACGACCACACCAUCAGAUUCUGGGAAGCGCUCUCCGGAAUCUGCCAGCGGACUAUCCAGCAUCCCGAUUCCCAAGUCAAUCGUCUCGCCAUAACGCCGGACAAGCGGUUCCUGGCCGCUGCAGGACGCACCAAUGUCAAGCUGUACGAUAUCAGGGGAUCGAAUCCAAACCCAGUCACUGUUUUCGAAGGACAUACAAACAACAUCACCGGUAUCGGCUUCCAAAGCGACGGAAAGUGGAUGGUCACCUCCUCCGAGGACGGGACAGUCAAGGUCUGGGACAUGCGGACGCCGAUGGUGCAGCGGAAUUACAAACACCGAGUACCCGUCAACGACGUCGUCAUCCAUCCGAACCAAGGCGAGCUCAUCAGCUGCGACGAAGGCGGCAACGUUCGCAUCUGGGACCUGGGCGAGAAUACAUGCACCCAUCAGCUGAUUCCCCAGGAAGACACGCCAGUCCGAUCGGUCUCGGUCGCUACCGAUGGCUCAAUGCUAGUAGCCGGAAACAACAAGGGAAACUGCUACGUCUGGAAAAUGGUGAACAGCCACGACACAACCUCCCUUAUCCCCGUCACGAAAUUCCGCGCCCAUUCAAAGUACAUCACCCGCGUCCUCCUGUCUCCGGAUGUGAAGCACCUCGCCACCUGUUCUGCAGACCACACCGCCAGAAUCUGGUCGACCGAAGGCUUCGGUCUUGAAAUGUCGCUCACCGGCCACCAGCGCUGGGUUUGGGACUGUGCUUUCAGUGCCGAUUCCGCGUAUUUGGUAACCGCGUGCUCGGAUCACUACGCUCGACUAUGGGAACUUGGAACUGGCCAGAUCAUUCGGCAGUAUAACGGUCACCACAAGGGCGCAGUCUGUGUUGCUCUCAACGACGUUUAAGUUACAAUCUCGAUUACUGAGAUCUAUGGGAUAAUCAUUUUUUUCAUUGAACUGCAUGGUGCACUACGGAGUUUUCUGUUUUUCGUCUUUGGGAUUGGCUUUACCACUGUAUAAUAACUCGUGUUGCUUACAGUCUUUUUUGCUUAUAAUGUUCAAAAAUAUACGAGAU